AUGUUUCUGGUGGAUUGGUUUUACGACUUGUUUGUUUCCCUGGGGCUCUGGCAGAAGGAGGCCAAGAUCCUCUUCCUCGGCCUCGACAACACCGGCAAGACCACGCUGCUCCACAUGCUCAAGGACGAGCGGUUGAGUCAGCACGCGCCGACACAGCACCCGACGUCGGAGGAGCUGAGCAUCGGGCAGAUCAGGUUCAAGGCGUUCGACCUCGGCGGCCACCGGAUCGCGCGCCGUGUCUGGAAGGACUACUACGCCAAGGUUGACGCGGUGGUGUACAUGGUGGACGCCGCCGACGGCACCCGUUUCGGCGAGUCCAAGGCGGAGCUAGGCGCGCUGCUGUCGGACGACGCGCUGGCCGGCGUGCCGUUCCUCGUGCUGGGGAACAAGAUUGACAUCCCGCAGGCGGCACCUGAGCAUGCGCUUGCCUACUACCUCGGGCUCGCCGGCUGCACCACCGGCAAGGGCACCGUGGACCUCGCCGGCACCGGAGUGCGGCCCAUCGAGGUCUUCAUGUGCAGCGUCGUCCGCAAGAUGGGCUACGGCGAAGGGUUCAAGUGGAUGUCGCAGUACAUCAAGUAG